AUGGCGAAAACUGCAUGUAACACUUCGUCACAGGCGCAACAGAGAAUGAAGCCAAGUUCAGAUCUACAAGACAAGCAGGAUGAUCAGAAGAGGGAACCAUUACGGAUAAGAAAACAAUUAUCACUUGCCGACGGAACACUUCUAAUAAUAGGAAUGAUUAUUGGAUAUGGUGCGCUCUGUAUGGCUGAGUUGGGAACUACCAUUCCCAAGUUCGGCGCAGAAUACAUCUACAUAUAUGAAGCGUUUGGCGCGUUACCGGCGUUUCUGUUUCUGUGGGUGUUGAUGGUCAUAUUGAAACCGACUACCCAAGCCAUUAUUAUGCUAAUAUUUGCUGAAUACAUAGUUUAUCCUGUAUUCAUUGAAUGUGACGAAACGCCACUGCUGACUAAAAGACUCUUAGCUGUAGCAGGUAUACUUUUUCUAACUUUCGUGAAUAUUGUUAGCGUACGUUGGAGUGCUCGUCUGACCAACAUUUUAUCAUAUUCAAAGUUGCUGGCCACCUUCAUAAUCAUUAUCACUGGAGUGUAUUACUUGGCAAAAGGAUACACGGACAAUUUUGAGGACAGUCUUGCAGGAACCACCAAGUCAGUAGGUGACAUUGCAUUGGCGAUGUAUUCUGGUUUAUGGGCCUAUUCCGGAUGGGGUGUUCUCAAUAAUGUUACGGAAGAAAUGAAGAAUAUUCCAAGAAACCUACCGUUGGCUAUUGUCUUAGCCGUAUCUAUUGUAACUUGCAUUUAUCUAUUGACAAAUGUUGCAUAUUUCGCCGUACUUUCCCCUCAAGAAUUGCUGAGAGCAGAUGCAGUAGCUGUGACGUUUGCUCAAAAGACUCUCGGUGUGAUGGCGUGGAUAAUGCCGUUAUUUGUUGCGUUGUCUACACUGGGUGCAGGAAAUGCAUCAAUCUUUACUGCCGGGAGGGUUUAUUUUUCUGGUGCAAGAGAAGGUCAAUUGCCAGAUGUUGUUGCUAUGAUACACAUAAGAAGACGUACGCCAGUUCCAGCCAUUCUUAUAAAUUGUGUGGUUGCUCUGAUUAUGGUGCAGAUCACCGACAUAGACACACUUACAACCUACUUUAGUUUUAUAAAUUGGUUGUCAACAGGGGUUGCAGUAGCUGGUCUUAUAACCCUACGCUGGACGAAACCUAAUCUUCCCCGUCCUAUCAAGCUACCUCUAUUUCUCCCCGCUUUGUUUGUCGUCAUGUCUUUGUUCCUGGUAAUAGUGCCUUUCUACACGCGACCGAUUGUGUCAAGUAUUGGUGUGGGUCUAACGCUCACUGGUGUUCCACUUUACUUUUUGGGUGUAGUCUAUAAAAGAAAAAGGAUGCGACUCUUGUCAAAUUUACUUGAUUAUGAUGAAAGUGCACAACAAUUUAUUGGUGAUUAUCUGGAGAGAUAUGAUAUGCCAAUGGCGAUUUUAAUAGCCAAGGCGUACAGAAAACAAGAAGUCAUGGAGGUAAGCAAGUCAUCGGAAUGGAAUCAUACCCAUUCAUUUGAAGCAGAUGUUGGUGCCUACUGUGCUGAGACAACAAAUUAUGAAGCUUGCUCUCGAAUCUCUAAUGGGCAGCCACCAAGGGACAGAGAAGACCACUGA